CGGGUGCUCAGCGUAGACUUGCCAUGUCCUGGGAGACAAACAUCCUUGGCUCAGCCAUGAAUAACUGUGUGCUCCUGGAGGAACUGCUGAUCAAGAAAUCCCAGCAGAAGAGAAGGACUUCACCCUCCAACUUUAAAGUGCGCUUCUUUGUCUUGACCAAAUCCAAGCUGGCUUACUACGAACAUCGCCACGGGAAAAAAAAGACUUUGAAGGGUUCUGUGGAACUUUCCAGGAUUAAAUGUGUGGAAAUUGUGAAGAGUGACAUCAUCAUUCCCUGUCAGUACAAAUAUCCUUUCCAGAUUGUCCACGACAGCUACAUCCUCUACGUGUUUGCACCCAACCGGGAGAGCAGGCAGAGAUGGGUCCUCACGCUGAAGGAAGAAACCAGAUACAACAACAGUUUGGCUUCAAAGUGUCAUCCAGAUUUUUGGUUAGAUGGCAAAUGGAGAUGCUGUGCUCAGACAGAGAAGAUGGCAGCUGGCUGUGUGCUGUAUGACCCCACCAAAAAUGCCUCGAAGAAGCCUCUUCCUCCCACUCCUGAAGAUAACUGGAAAUUGUUGCUAGACCCAAAGGAGGCCGUGGUCAUAGCCAUAUAUGACUAUGAAGCCCAGAACCCACAGGAGCUGACCCUACAGUGUAAUGAGGAAUAUUAUGUGAUUGACAGCUCUGAGGAACAUUGGUGGCUGAUCCAAGAUAAGAAUGGGCAUGAAGGCUACGUGCCAAGCAGCUACCUGGCGGAAAAAUCACCCGAGAAUCUGCAAAUUUAUGAGUGGUACAAUAAGAACAUCAGCAGAAGCAAAGCAGAAACACUGCUCAGGGAUGAGGGUAGGGAAGGGGCUUUCAUGGUGAGAGAUUCGAGGCAGCCUGGCAUGUACACAGUCUCUGUUUUCACCAAAGCAUUAAG